UUGUUGUUGUUGUUGUUGUUGUUGUUGUUGUUGUUGUUGUUGUUGUUGUUGUUGUUGUUGUUGUUGUUGUUGGUGGUUGAGGUUAUUUGGCCUGGUUUAGAGUGGGGUGUGCUAUAAGCAAUGUUUAUUUCCUCUUUCUUUCUUUGUUGUAAUUAACCCCUUUUGGGAGCCUGGUAGGGAGGUGGGUGCCAUUUUUGUUUGAGUGUGCUUUUCUCCUGUUUUUGGUUAGUUUGGGAGUGAGGGCGAUUUCUGUUAACUUGUUUAUUUGUUUUGUGUUUUGAGGUAAUGUAGUUCCACUCUGAAUAGCUAGUCUUGGUUGGUUUGUUAUUUUGGCUAGUUUUGGCCCGCUUAGUUGUGCAGGAUUAUUGUUUGGUAAAGUACCUACAAUCGAUUUUUUUUACUUCAAAAGAAGCUCUAAUAUCUGCAUUCCUCGUUUUUGUCAGAAGAACAGACAUUUUCAGCAGUUAACGUUGAAAACCGUCAGACCCCGUGAUCCAUUUUGAUAUAGUACAGUUCCGCCUCCCUGGUCAUUACGUUUCAUUUCCACAUUGGUGAUGUGUCGUAGUACGACAUUACAAAACAACUAGCAUUUACUCCGAUGAAAAAGAUCGUUUGAAUAGGUUUGGGUAGGGGAGGGGGGAAUAGACACAUUAAGCCAACAUUGGGAAUUUCAAGCCCCCUACGACCCUGGCUCUGGUUAUCCCUGAACCUUAAGUAACUCACUGCUCGCACAUCUGUUACUUACUAAUGCAGUUGCCUUUUUUUCCCCGAAGCGCUUCGAGAAAGUGUUUUUAUACCGUACAUCCCGUGUUAGUAAUAAUUAUAAAUCUUCAAGAAUUCUACUGAUAUGCAAGUAAUCGAAUGUCUGAAGAUAUACUGAACAGCCAAUUUCAUCUUCAUGGAGAAAACGUGUUUUACAAAAUAUUUUUUUUUGUCAUUAAUACUUUUUGCAGUGAUGUGGAUAAUCCAUAACAUAGCCUUAGGGCGAAAUCUGACUAUAUAUACACAUUUAUGGGGAAAUAUUUUACAUCCAACAGCUGAUCUGAGUAAUCAGCAUGUAAAGAACUUGACUGAGCAAAAUAUAACGCCGAUUAAGGACACAAAGCAUUUCCUGGUCUCUGCCUACAAAGAUCACAGGAUUGAUGGAACCAUUCGUAUCAUUAGCAUAUUUAGGAGGGAUGAUGUCAGAAGACUGUAUUGUAUCAUUGGUUGUGCUCAACAUGGAUAUUUUAUUACAGCAGCAGAGGUCGACAUACACCGUGAUCAUUUUGGGUUCCCUUACCAGACCACAGACCUGCUGUGUAAAACUGACCCAAAGUGUGAUGCUACAAAUGUCACCAUCAGUAUUAAUAGAUACACCUCAGACAUUCCAGAUAUGAUCUUCCUUCCCAUACGAAACAGAGAGAGGAAAGAGCACAACUUCAAACACAACUUCACUGUCUGCAUCUCUACCCUUUAUGGAGGUUAUAACAACGUACUGCAGUUUGUGCAGACCAUAGAAGUGUACAAGCUCCUGGGCAUACAGAAGGUGGUCAUCUAUAACACCAGCUGUGGUCCAGACCUCGAUAAGGUUCUGCAGUACUACAGGGAGGAGGGUACACUUGAAAUCCACCAAUGGCCAAUAGAUCAGUUCCUCAAUCCCUCCAAAGGCUGGAAAUUCCAAAGGGACAAAGGUGACCUACAUUACUAUGGGCAGUUAACUACUCUGAACGACUGUAUCUACAGAAACAUGUACAGAUCCAAGUAUCUUCUGCUGAACGACAUUGAUGAAAUAAUUAUGCCUUAUCAGCACGCUACACUGGAGCUUCUCCUGGAGGACCUGCAAAGGCAAAACCCCACAGUAGGAGUCUUUGUUAUCGAGAAUCGUAUCUUCCCCAAAACCGUCUUUGAUAAUAAAGGCAGAUUCAAUUUAACACAGUGGAAAAACGUCCCAGGAAUAAACAUCAUGGAACACAUCUACCGGGAACCUGUCAAGAAAGAUGCUUUCAACCCCCCCAAGAUGAUCAUAAACCCCAGGCAAGUGGUGCAGACAUCAGUGCAUUCAGUGCUGAAGAAUUACGGAGAUACAUUGAGGGUUCCAGCUGAUGUGAGCAGAAUGAUACAUGUCAAAGUUCCCUUUCAAACGAGUCUCACCAAAGAACAACUGUAUGUCGAUACAAAGCUGUGGGAGUUUUCGAAGGACCUUGUGCCAAAUGUUGACAAUGUGUUGAAAAAAAUCAGGGGUCUCUCACUGAAGCAUUUUACUUCAGUUAUAAAUUGCAUCUUAUGUGUGUAACUAGAAUCCAUCAGAGGAUUUUCAGCUGAAAAUAGAAACAUAACAUAUAUACAAUAUCUCACAAAAGUGAGUACACCCCUCACAUUUUUGUAAAUAUUUUAUUAUAUCUUUUCAUGGGACAAAAAUGAAGAUAUGACACUUUGAUACAAUGUAAAGAAGUCAGUAUACAGCUUGUAUAACAGUGUAAAUUUGCUGUCCCCUCAAAAUAAGUAAACACACAGCCAUCAAUGUCUAAACCACUGGCAACAAAAGUAAGUACCCCCCUAAGUGAAAAUGCCCAAAUUGUGCCCAAAGUGUCAAUAUUUUGUGUGGCCACCAUUAUUUUCCAGAACUGCCUUAACUGUCUUGGGCAUGAAGGUCACUGGAGCUUCACAGGUUGCCAAUGGAAUCCUCUUCCUCUCCUCCAUGAUGACAUCAAGGAGCUGGUGGAUGUUAGAGACCUUGCGUUCCUCCACCUUCCAUGUGAGGAUGCCCUACAGAUGCUCAAUAGGGUUCAGGUCUGGAGACAUGCUUGGCCAGUCCAGCACCUUUACCCUCAGUUUCUUUAGCAAAGCAGUGGUCGUCUUGGAGGUGUGUUUGGGCUCGGUAUCAUGUUGGAAUACUGCCCUGCGGCCCAGUUUCCAAAGGGAGGGGAUCAUGCUCUGCUUCAGUAUGUCACAGUACAUGUUGGCAUUCAUCGAUCCCUCAAUGAACUGCAGCUCCCCAGUGCCCGCAGCACUCAUGCAGCCCCAAACCAUGACACUCCCACCACCAUGCAUAUCUUUGUACUCCUCACCUGCUUGACGUCACACACGCUUGACACCAUCUGAACCAAAGAACUUUAUCUUAGUCUCAUCAGGCCACAGGACAUGGUUCCAGGAACCCGUGUCCUUAGUCUGCUUGUCUUCAGCAAACUGUUUGCGGGCUUCUUGUGCAUCAUCUUUAGAAGAUGCUUCUUCCUGGGACGACAGCCAUGCAGACCAAUUUGUUGCAGUGUGCGGUGUGUGGUCUGAGCACUGACAGGCUGACCCCCCCACCCCUUCAACCUCUGCAGCAAUGCUGGCAGAACUCAUAUAUUUAUUUUCAAAAGACCCUCUGGAUAUGAUGCUGAGCAUGUUCACUCAGCUCCUUUGGUCGACCAUGGCGAGGCCUGUUCUGAGUGGAACCUGCCCUGUUACACCGCUGCAUGGUCUUGGCCACCGUGCUGCAGCUCAGUUUCAGGGUGCUGGCAGGCUUCUUUCAGCCUUGGACAUCUUUAUGUAGAGGAACAAUUAUUUUUCUCAGAUCCUCAGAGUUCUUUGCCAUGAGGUUUUUUUGGUUUUCAGUAUCCUCUUUACCUUCAGAAUCUAGCUUUAUCUAACGACAGUAUUUUGCCUAAAAACUGCAACAGAAAACAGUAUUUCUCCCUCCUCUUUGUGUCAAAUCCUCCCUGCAGUGCCUCUGCAUAGGCCUGUACCCCAGGUUUGGAACCACUGGAGCAGUGGCCAGUAGUAGGCUAUAUUGAACUUGUGGAGAAUAUAGAACAAUCCAAUGUAAUUUUCUGUUACUGUUGUGUAUGACUCCUCUAUAUGACUGAUUUGAUUUUUUUCACUAUUGUAGAGAAUAAUGUCAUUAGAAGGGAAUGAAACACCUCACGUCCUGGUGUUUGUCGAUGAGGCUGGUUUCAACCUGGCCAAGGGCCGCAGACGUGGUCGUAACAUCAUUGGCCAGUGGGCCAAUGUGAAUUUCCACCGCUCAUCAGGGGCUGGUUCACUACCCAUCCAAGGAUGCUAAUGGAGCUACUACCACCACACUCUCCUUUCCUCAAUCCGAUUGAGGAGUUUUUUUCCGCUUGGAGGUACAGAAUAUGAACAUCAGGCUCAAGACCAGAGGUCCCUGCUCCAUGCAAUGGAUGCUGCGUGCGAGGACAUCACAGGGGAUCAGUGUAGGGGAUGGUUGAAUUUAGUUUUGGCACAUGGGUAAACUGUUUUGGGAGAGAUAUGAGCUUUUACUAGUGAGCUGUAAUGUUGUGCAGAACUGUAAAACUGUUUGGCAGAAUGAUGUUAUAGUUUUAAGAAUGUAAUUUCUGUUUCAAGAAAUGAGCCAAACCAACUGAGAAAAACUGUAAUUCAUUCAUUCAUUCAUUCAUUUACGGAAGCCCUGAAGGUCAAAACACCAACAAAUUCGAAAACACGCCAGCAAAAGAGAAAACACAAGAAGUGCAUUUUCUUUAUUUUUUUCC